AUGUCGCCCAACGUGCAAGAGGUGGAAGGGGCGAAGAGGAAACGGAGUCAUGAGGAGUACGUGUCGGAAGACGUCAUCAUGGGCGAUGUUUCCUCUCUCAAGUCAUCUGAUGCCAAUGGAGCCAACAAUAUGCCAACCCCCCGCGGCCAAGCGGAAGAAGCUGACGGCGGCAGAGAAGCAAGCCAAGGCCGAGGAGGAGGCGAAGAAAAGAAGGAGAGGGAGGAUCAACGUCUGCAAAAAUUAGCGGAAAAGGCCAAGGCGGACCAGGAGAAGCAGAUUGCCAAGGCGGCGCGGGCGGCGGAGAAGGCCAAGAAAGACGCGGAAGAGCAAGAAGCCAAGGCAGCCAAGGCGUUGGAGAAGGAGGAGAAGAGAAAGAAGAAGGAAGACGAGGAGCGCAAAGCCAAGGAGGAGAAGGAGAAGAAGGAGCGUAGCCAACUGAGGUUGCACGAUGCGACUCCGAUCAAGGUAGAAGGUGGUUCGGCGGCAGCGUCCCCGCUGAAAAAGCAGACAAACGAGUACGAGCGCAUGUUUCAGCCUUUCUUCGUCAAGGAGCACGUACGUAUGGCGCAGCGCGCGGCGCAAAUGGAUAAAGAGACACUCGACGCCAAGGCACAGAUACUCGACGAGUACGUGGAGGGUAGGAGAGGUACAGGGAUCGAGGUCAGACCCUUCAAUCCUGUGGAAGCCCUGCAUCUUGCCAGGCGACCCAAGAGGAUGGGAAUAGUGUACCCUCCCGUCAGAGGCCUCAUGGAGCAGAUACAGAAGGACGAUACAGAAGCCCGCGCUAAGCUCCGGGCGAUCCCCAUGAAGCUGCUUUGCUUCCGGCAAGACGUGCGCCCACCGUACUAUGGAACGGUGACGUGUCUGCCGCACCAUUUCGGACCCGCACGUCUACGUCGCGUGGCACGCCACCCGACGAAGCGCGUACUCGACCUCGAAUACGACUACGACUCGGAAGCGGAAUGGCAGGACGACGAGCCUGGCGACGACCUAGACGAUAUGGACGAAGAGGAGGAGGAUCUCGACGAUGAGGAUGAUAUGGACGGGUUCCUGGACGACUCGGAAGAUGCUGGAGUGGCGCGGCGCAUCUUUGCCAAUACGAUGGAGCCUGAAAGCACGGGUCUAUGCUUUGAGGAUGAAAGGGGAAAUUGCGGAAUCGAUCCCUUCUCAACGCAAUACUGGGAGCCGGCGCCGAAACCCAAGACCGGGCCGUCCAAGGCCGCGACGUCCAAAGCCACGACGUCCAAAGCCGCGACAUCCAAAAAGGCGAUGCCACCACCACCCGCUCCGCCGAGCAACGCGUUCGAAGCCCUCAGCGCGAAAUCUGGGACUAAACCUGGGGCCACGCCACAAGCCUCUACCGGAACAUCCGGCCCCGCCACGGGGUCCCGAUGCAGAGAAGCCGGCGAAGGCGGUGGACCCAGAACUGCUUGCAGAAUUCAAAAGGCAGUGUUAGCGAAUCAGAAACUGAGCAAGAUGGCAAUCGUGGAGGUCUUGAGUGUGCAGAUUGACGGUCUAACCAAGGCAGAUGCCAAGGUGAUGCUCGAUCAGGUCGCGGAGAGGAGGGGCCCGGGGAGGACAAAGGUGUGGGAGCUCAAGGAUGACCAGUGA